AUGACAUACGGGAGAGUGUUGACAGGAGUUCGUAUUUCUGCUGAUCGAAAAAUGUGGAGUAAAUGUAGAUUGCCAACGAAUAUUUUAAUAAGAGAUGAAUGGGUAGCUGCUAUAAGACCGAGUCGAAAUGACCCACAAUGGCAGCCAUCCUCUAGUGUGGUUUGUUCAGAUCAUUUUGAUGAGAAGGACAUGUACGAUACACAACGUGAACUUCGCCGAAUUCAUAGAACAGGAUAUCCAAAACGGGUAUUU